UUUGGGAAUAUGCAUGCAUCGAGCUAAAGUUUCUGAGUAUUGAUGCCUUAGAGGAUUUAGACGUUUCCACCACGUGCGCAAGCCGGCUGGCCGAAGAGAACCUAUCCAAAUGACUUGAAAACGAAAAUCUGAUUAAUUGCAGUUACGUAGGAGAUUAUAAAGGCAAGUGUUGUCAUGCUCUAAACAGUCACAAAGACAUCUGGUCACUCCCUCCUUAUGCGCGAGAGAGCGGAUAAACUGAAGCGCUCAGUGAUUGACGGUGGGAGAGCGAUUGCUUUGCUGAGGUUGAGCUGGAGACACGAGAAUCGCGAUUGCAUAAAGACCAUCUAUUGGUACAGAUGCUUUUUUACUUCAUGUACUUCAAACCGGUUGCAGAAACGUAUUAGUAUUGUUCAAAGUUAUCUUUUUAAGACGUAUGCGAUUGCAGUAAUAGUUGAACAUUACGUUGACGCUUGGCCAUAUUUUUAUUUGCAGAGUGAAUAUUCUCUCCACUCGCAAAGCACUAGGAAACAUGUUUUACUUUCACUGUCCUCCACAGUUAGAGGCAGAGUGCUGCAGGACCAACACAUUGAACACAAAUGGGUUUGGGAAUCACGCCUCUGGAGACUUUGAUGAUGGUUUUCUGCGCAGAAAACAACGCAGAAACAGGACGACCUUCACUUUACAACAGUUGGAGGCUUUGGAGACGGUUUUUGCACAGACCCACUAUCCAGACGUGUUUACGAGAGAAGAGCUGGCUAUGAAAAUCAACCUAACAGAGGCUCGUGUCCAGGUGUGGUUCCAAAAUCGAAGGGCAAAGUGGAGAAAAACAGAGAGAGGAACUUCAGACCAGGAGGGAAGCAAAGAACAAAUGAGUGACGGCACCCCUCCUGCACGAAACCUCAACCAGUCUCCUGUUGACCACGGCAGAAAUAAGAAAGAACCAAUGGAACUACAGCAGAAUAUUAACAGAGUGGUGGGUUCAGGUGGACCUUUUUUCCCAUCUUGUCUGCCUGGGACUCUGCUGAACACAGCCACUUACGCACAAGCCCUUUCACAAGUGGCAACUUUAAAAGGAAGUCCACUGUGUUCGUGCUGUGUGCCUGACCCAAUGGGCCUCUCCUUCCUGCCACCAUAUGGGUGCCAGAGUAACCGGACAGCCAGUGUCGCAGCCCUGCGGAUGAAGGCCAGGGAACAUUCGGAGGCAGUGCUGCAGUCAGCCAAUCUGCUGGGGGCAGGGUCUACAACCGGGACUGGAGCAGGUCCAGGGGUCGGGCUGGGCCAAAGCACUGUUUCUGUGGGAGGAAGUGAUUCCAGUCCUAUCUCCGGUACCAAUAAGAUCACAUCAAUACGGAGAACUCCAGACAAACAUCUGCACUGCCAAAAGGAGGGUCCUGAUAAGAAAUGAAGGAGUCUUGUUUUUUUCCUAAUUUGAGGACACACUUUGGAUUUACAGUAUAAUCAAACAUUGACUGCCUGCUGCCUCUUUUUUGAGAGCACUGACAUACCUUGGACAGGACGGUGUUAAGUGCAAUCCCUUGUUGUGUAUUUUGCGAGUAUGUGUCAAACUAUUCAUUCAACUGUAAUUUUUCCUCUCCUCGUUCACUUUUACUCAUGAUUCUUGCCUUUGGUUUUCCCUGUUCGGGUGUAUGUGGGUGCUGCAAAUCAGUUUUUUUUGUGGCAGAAUGACUUUUGAACAUGCUGUAUGGUAAAAGAAAACUCCCUGGUUGCCAAUGUGAACUUAUUUAAUUUUUCACAAUCCACUUUGAUGUUUGACUUGUGUACUAUGAAGUCAGGUGGUGACAGACAUUCUGCAUUGUGUCAAGAUAUAUGCCAUGCUGAAAUAUAAAUGUACUAUUGUGAAAUAAUAUAUGUAAGAUAAUAUCAAGGACAGAACUGUAUAUUAUGUGGUUUGUCAUGUUUUAUGAUAUGAUCCGGCUAACUCUUAUUCAUGCUGAUGUGAUGGUAACUGACAUCUCUAGUCAUCACAUCUGUACAUCCACGAUAGACUGCAAGAGUUCAGACACUGGUCCUGUUUUGACAUGUUCUAUAAAACAAUUAAACAUGUAGGCAAUCA